AUGGCGACAACCUCCCUGCCCCCCUCGGCGGUCGCGUCGAGCAGCGCCCACGCCGUCGUCGCCUCGGGCUCGACCGUCCAUCUUGUCACCGGCGACAAGGUCGCUUCGGCCAGCAGCGCCGAGGACGCCAAGCAGGAGCUCGCCGGCGUCAUCCGCAAGGUCGCCAUCAGCGCCGAUGGCAAGUACGCCGUCACGGCCGGCGAUGACAAGAGCCUGCGUGUCUGGGAGCUGAAGGAGAAGCCUGAGCUCGUGUCUACGCGCCAGACGACGAAGCGUGUCGCGGACAUGUGUUUCGACAAGGACGGCAACAUUGUCGUCACUGACAAGGUUGGCGAUGUCUUCAGCUACCCGUUCGAGCCCCGUGCCGUUGAGAACCGGCCGCAGGGCUUUGUCGUCGCGUCCGACCCGAGCCUGAACCCGGACGGCGACCUGUUGCUCGGCCACGUCUCGCUCAUCACGCAGACGCUCCUGACGCCUGACAACAAGCACAUCGUCACGGCCGACCGUGAUGAGCACAUCCGCGUCUCGCGCUAUCCGAAGGCGUAUGUCAUUGACCGUUUCCUCUGGGGUUCCGAGGGAUUCGUCUCUGCGAUCCACAUCCCGACGUCCCGGCCCAACCUCCUGCUCUCUGGCGGCGGCCAGCCCACCCUCCAAGUCUUCGACUGGACGAGUGGCGCUCUCCUGGGCCGGAUCGACAUUCUCGCCGCCGUGUCGCCGUACCGCGCCAUCCGCCCGCCGACGCGCAAGAUCAAGGGCAAGCGCAAGGCCGUCGGGUCCGACAGCGGGCUGAUGCCGAGCGACGACCCCGCCGCUGCGGGGUGGUUCACCGCCCCCGAGGGACACAUGUACCCCAUUGGCCAAGGGGUGGCGAUCACGCAGAUCGGCUCGGUGGUCGUCGACGGUGUGACGGUGGUGCUGUUCUACUCCCGUGGAUCGAGCGCGCUGCACGCGUUCACGCUGAACGAGGACGGAAGCGCCGGCGCCAUCCAGACGGCGAGCUUUGCCCACCCCGUGCUUGGCUUUGCGCCCGUUGGGGCCCAGAUCCUCGUCACGCUCGACAACACGCACGCUGCUAUUGCGUCCGCUACGGUCUCGGCUUCGCCCGUGGCGCUCGUGUCUGUCGCUUCUGACGGCUCCCUCUCGUCCGCCGACUCUCCCCUCCUCCCCGCUCUCUCCGAGUCGCUCUCGACUCCCUCUCUCCAGAUCCCCGCCUCAGAUGCGGCAAAGCUCAACCUCUACGGCGACCUGCAGAUCCUCCCCCGCCGGCCCGGCUUCGAGGAGGACGAGGCGCAGGCCGGCGAAUCCUCUCUCCCCGCCAACGUCGACGAGCUCGCGCCUAAAAGGCUCGGAAGACUCAAGGCGCAGGGACACGAUGUGCAUAUUCCGGCCAAGAAGAGGAAAAAGAGCAAGGGCGAGAAGAAGCGUGAGCGCAACGCUGCUGCUGCUGCCGGCAAGAGCGGAGGCGAGACGAGCGAGGCUGCUGGCGACGAUGAGGAGAGCGCCAUGAACGCUUAG